AUGUCCGUUAUAAGCGUGAUAUUUGUGAUAAUAACUUUAUUAUGUGGUGUACAGGCAUGUCCAACACGAUGUCUAUGUUUUAGGACUACUGUUCGCUGCAUGUUUUUACAAUUAGAAAGUAUACCUCAAGUAAAGCCUGAGACCACUAUAUUAGAUCUUAGAUUUAAUAAGAUUAAAAGUAUACCUAAUGGAACAUUUAGAAGUUUAAAUAGAUUAACUACAUUAUUAUUAAAUAAUAAUGAAAUACAAGAAUUGGGUGAACAUUCAUUUACUGGAUUGAAUGAAAUAAAAUAUAUAUAUUUAUAUAAAAAUAAAAUCAAAACAAUUCGUGAAAAUACAUUUAAAAGUACCAAGAAACUAGAACAAUUAUAUCUACAUAAUAAUGUGAUAAAACGUCUACCAAAAGGUAUAUUUUCUGGUUUGACCAGUUUACGCCGGCUACGGCUAGAUUCCAAUGCCCUGGUAUGUGAUUGUGGUAUUAUGUGGUUAGCCAAAAUGUUAAAAGAAAAAACUGGUUUCACCCAGGCUGCAGCCACCUGUGAAUUUCCGGCUAAUUUACAAGGCCGUUCUUUAAUGAGUGUUGCCGAGGAUGAUUUUCAUUGCACUGUUGGCCUUUAUUAUAUCAAAAAAAUAUCAGAAGUUACGUUCGACUAUUUUCUAUCACAUGGUAAAGAUUUCAGAUAUAAACUCUCACCAUUUCUUAUCUCCCCUUUCUAUUACUUUCAAUUAGAAUCUACAUUCUCUACAGGUGUCAUAGGAUUAAAAGCUAAAAAUUAA